AAGUAUUUAUCAAUGACAUUUUUCAGUAUGGAAAUGGAUGAAACAUGUUGCCACAUGAAGCCCUACCUUCAAACAGCCUGUAAAGGCGAAAUAUCACGAUUACUGGACCUGGAUCAUGCCCCAGCAGAUCCUAAUAGGUACACACUACAGACCAGUUAUGUAAUAUUAUCAAGGGUUUCAGUCAACUACCUCUCUCCUAAUACUGACUUUACAGACUGGAGUAUAUGUGAGAGACAUAUUAGAGAACUACUGCAUGAUUGGAAGAGCCAACAUACUUGCUGUCAUUAUGGCCACAGGUUUGACACUGCAAACUGCACUGUCAUGUGCACUGUUACCUAUGCCAUGUCCAAAACUAUACUAAAGCACGACUCCAUAGUGCUUCCAAUAGGUGGAAAUAUCUGUAUGGAUUGUAAGUAUGAAUAUCAGCAGCGGUUAAUACCAAGGCUUAACAGUAUAAUUCACAACAGGAAUGAUAUUGCUGACAUCUCUAUUGUUGAUGAUAUAGCUGAGCCUACUGACACCAUUGAUCAGAACGAAGAAUAUUGUAAAGACAACAAUAUCUUGGAACCAAUAGUCAAAAUGGAAGCUGAGGAAGAUAUAAAGAAUAUACUAGUCCCGGAGCAGAGAGGAAAAAUCUUUAAAGUUUCUACUGGUCUCAGAAAAGACUCAAAUAAAUCCACAGUCGGGCCGGUUAGAGUACCGGUACAAGUUAAAGCGCCUGUACGGCCCGUACAGGUCAAAAAGAUUACUGCUAAACCUGGAACUAAUCAUAUCAUUCAGUCGGUGGGUCAAGGAAAACCGGUUUUGGUGAAAGUUUAUAAACAGACUGUAAAACCUGUUUCUACACCAUCCAAACUUCUAGUUUCGAGUGAAGUAUUAAAUAACAUGAAAACUAUUUUUUCAGUAGCUAAACCAGGUAUUAGUGUACUGAAACCAGUUCUUCCAAAAUUGAAGGAUCCUUUAUCUAUUGACCGGGCUGACCAGGCUGACCAGCCUUCAGGGUUGAAAUUAAUAAAAUUGGCAAACUUAUCAGUUGCUGGAAGUGAUAAUGUUUGUGUAAAAGAAGAGGAUGAGGUUGUGGAUGAGGUUGAAGAGGCUGAAGGAGGAGAUCUAGAGGACGAGAUAUUUAAGAAGAUGACGAUGUCCUACCAUGGGAUUAGUAAACAAGAAGAUAAGGGGAAGAAAGUGGGCGAAGACGACUUUAAAUAUUUUUGUCAGCUGUGUCAUAUUGGGUUCCUCAAGGAUAGUUCAUACAGACACCACAUGUCCAACUAUCUUGAGAUACAUAAGGAGAUGCAGAACAAAGUAGGAGAGAAACGAAGCUGUGAAGAGUGCUCUGAGGAAUUUCAAGAUGAUCGAGAAUACAGACAACACCUUCACACUUCACAUAGUGAAAAUGAAUACUUCUUUUGUGAUCUGUGCAAUGUUGUGUUGAAAAAUGAAGCUGCGUAUAAAUCUCAUCAUUCAAAGCUACAUUUAGAGAGGAGGAAGAAGGUUUGGUACUGCAGGGAGUGUGGUCAAGUUUAUCAAUGUAAAUACGAACAUCAGGAACAUAUCAGAGAGCACAGGAGUAGUGAGGAUGGGUUCCAGUGUACUGCAUGCGGAAAGGUGUUUACAUCCAACAACCAGCAUAUUUAUCUCAAACAUAUGGAGACUCAUGACGAGGAUAAUAUGGAUCCGUGUGAUUGCACAAACUGUAGUCUCGAGGUUGAAACUGAUUCUAAGAAGGAUAUUCUACCAGCCUCAAGGAAACGAGGACACUCUCCUGAUCAACAGGAUAAUAAAGAACAUGUUAAAAAGGGUUUGUGGGAUACUGCAGGUGUAGAGGAUGAGGACCAUCUUGUUCUAGACGAGGAGGAGGAGGUUGAGGAUAAUUCAGAGGAUGAUAUGAGUAUAUCUGUAAAGUGUGGUGUUUGUGGAAGGGAGUUUAACAACACAGAGGAUCUGUCAAAUCAUGUUAUCAACGAGCACUCGAAGAAGUCUGUUGAGAAGGUGCCAGCAGCUAAGGCUCAAGCUCAAAAGGAAAAGGAAGUUCUUUGGACUUGUUCUAAUUGUGGUGGACCUUACAAGCUUUACAGAUCUCUCAGAUUGCACCGGUUGAGACAAGAAUGUAUGAUUCAAAUUCAAGUAACUCCGGCUAAAACGUUACCCGCGAAGGAAGCUGAGCCUGAAGAUCCCAAGGAAGACGAUAUUCUGAAGAAGACGACAACUACCAGGGACAGUGGUGUUAUCCGUCCUCCUAAAAUAGGAGAUCUACUCUCUAUUAUGAAAGCCAAGUUUUCUGAUUAUGUUCCUGGGGAGGAGGAGGAUGAGGAGGAUGAAGAGGAAGAGAUGGAACAACUCAUGACGAAGAAAAAUAAGAAAAGUAUAUCCAAGCAGCCGAGAUUACUAUCUGAAAGCUCACGAGCUACAAGACGAAGGCUGGAAUAUCUAACCAAGGUUGCCCAGGAAAUGAUGAAGAAGAGAGAGAAGAAGAGACAGGAAAGAAUGCAGAAGGAGAAGGAGAAGAAGGAGGCUGGGGAGGAGGACAGUAAAGGGAAGGACGAUGAUUCAGAGGACGAAGGAUUGAAACUGAGUUCCAAGGAUGAUUUGUUGAUUCCACUCCCGAACAACUGGGUCUGCGAGAAGAUACGCGACGGUAGCGCUCCUAGCGGAUAUAUUACAAUCUACUGGUCACCACAGGGGGAUAGGUUUACUACACUGGAGGAUAUAGAAGAGUAUGCUACUGAGAAUGAUCUUGAAAUAGAUAUGGAUGUAUUCAGAGAAACUAGUAUUCAUGAACAACAAACAGAGGAAACUCUUCAGAAGGCUAAAAGAGUCCGUAUACGUGAUGAAGAAACCGGUUUACCGUUAGUCAUCAUAUUCACAGAGAAACAUAAUUCAAUAACUAUGGAUGUUCAAGCCACCGUUUAAACCUACAAAUAUCUGUAAAUACUGCAAUGUCGUAUCAUUUGUCAAGCAUAAGAAAUUUUGAAAAUAAAUAUUUAAAUCGUGGAAUUUGAAA